AAUGUGGAUGAUGAUGCCAGUAUUCACGAUAAACUGCUGUGGGCCAUUCACAUGAGUGGGCUGGACGAUCUGCUUAAGUUUCUGGCAUGUGCUCCGAGUGAACAGCAAUGGAGCUUCCACAUCCUGGAAAUCAUCUCCCUCAUGUUUCGAGAUCAGACUUCUGAGCUUUUGGUGAAUGCAGGACAGAUGCGUUCAGCCCAGGAGAAACAGAAAGACAUGCAGGAGCUGGAGUUACUGAGACAGAAAGAGCUGGCAGAAAAACGCAGCCGCACGCUAUUGAGAGGUGCCAGACACUCUCGUUUCCGUGGCUCUUAUGUCAUUCAAGGACUGAAGUCCAUUGGAGAGAAAGAUGUGAUUUUUCACCAAGGACUUCACAAUUUUAAGAACUAUUCUCAUGAUGUGGGUAAGCCCGUGAGGCGUGUACCUAAACGCAAACAGAUGGCUCAAGACUCAGAGAGUCAACGACGCUCAGCAUUGAAUGUACGUCUCUUCCUGCGUGAGUUCUGCAUCGACUUUUUGGAGAACUGCUAUAAUCGACUUAUGUACCUUGUGAAGGAGGGGUUGAUCCGUGAACGGGCCCAGCAGCAUGAUGAGACAUACUAUCUUUGGGCUAUAACAUUCUUCAUGGCCUUCAACCGUGGUCAGAACUUCAGACCGGAUGUGGUGUCUGAGACCAUAUCCAACCGCACCUUUCAUUUCAUUGAGAAGAACAUUACCAACUACUAUGAGAUGAUGCUCACUGACCGGAAAGAUGCUGCAUCCUGGUCUCGCAGGAUGCACUUGGCUCUGAAGGCGUAUCAGGAACUGCUGCUGACAGUAAAUGAAAUGGAUCGCUCAAAGGAUGAAAACAUCCAACACAGUUCCAAUGUCAUAAAGAGUAAUAUCUUUUAUCUGAUGGAGUUCAGGGAGAUUUUUCUUACUCUCCUACGUAAAUAUGAUGAGCGAAUGCAGCCACGCUCAUUUCUCAGAGAUCUGGUGGAGUCCACACAUCUGUUUCUGAAGAUGCUGGAGAGAUUCUGCAAGGGUCGAAACAAUCUGGUUGUACAGAAAAAAAGGGUGAAACGAAGGAAACAUAGCCAGAAAAUCCUUCAGACAGAACCCACAGCUGAAGACCUGGAGCAGACAUGGCAAAUAGUGUCUCAAGAACUCAGAACAUCUGGCUUUCAGUUGUCAGAGAGUUUGACAGAGGGUGCUGUGCCCUUUGAUGCCACAUCUGAGACUCCAGUGGGUGAGCAGAGGACAGAAGCAUUGGUCAGGAUUCAAGACUCUAUUAUGUCUCGCACAGGACCUGAAGCUUUGAGUUUACUUCGUGCUGCACGGGCAGUGUGGCCUGAAGGAGACACAUUUGGAUCUGUUGAGGUGGAACCUGAGGAGGAACUAGAACUUCUGAAGCAGAUACUUUUCACUAAACUCCCUAAGUCGGUUCCUUUAGAUUCUGCUCUUGAGGAAGAGGAUGGAGUUGAGUUGGAGGAAGAGGAAGAGCUGGAGUCUGUUGCUGUGUCUGAGACAGAGUUCAAUUUCUUAGAUUUCAUCAAGAGGUUUGCCAGUCCAAAUGUUGUGCGUCCAUACAUUAUCCUGCUGCGCUCGUACUCCCAGAACUCUGUUCACACCAACCACUGCAUCACACGCAUGCUGCACAGACUGGCUGUAGAUCUAAAGAUGGAGGCAUUACUGUAUCAGUUGUCCAUCUUUUCCUUGUUUAAUAAGAUCUUGGGAGACCCAGCGGCGACUGCCUAUCAGGAGCUUGUUACAUUUGCAAAAUAUGUUCUGAACUGGUUCUUUGUGUUUGCUACUAAAAACAACAAAGCAUUUGUGGAGCUGCUGUUCUGGAAGAAUGUAGGUGCUGUAAGAGAAAUGACAGAGGGAUAUAAUAAAGACGGGGAAGACAAGAAAAAAAGCAAGUGGACUCCUGAGGAAGAAGAACAGCUUCAGCGAUUGUAUGACAAGUACAAGGACUCUGGAGUGCCAGAUAUUGUUGAGACGAUAUUACCAUUGCUGUGCAGCAGCCACACUAGACGUGAGGUGGUGUCUCACAUGGUGUCCAUGGGUUUAGUGGACAGUAUGAAGGAUUUAAAGAAAGAGAGAAAAGGUACUCGUAUCGUGCUCUGGACUGAAGAACAGGAACAAGAACUCCAGGUGCUCUUUGAGGAGUUUAGAGACUCUGAUGAUGUCCUUGGAAAUAUUCUAAAGCGGAUCACAGCCAAGCAUUCAAAGGCUCGAAUAGUCGACAAGAUCCUCAGCAUGGGUCUAGUGUCCGAUCGCAGAGAUCUUUACAAGAAGAGAAAUCGCAGUGCUCCUGGGAGGAGUACUGGAAUGACAGAGGAAGAGUUCUUUGAUCUGACUGAAGAGCCACAGGAGAAGGAACUGGACAUAGAGGAAGAAGAAGAGGAUCAAUCUGAUCAAGAUGAAGAUGAACAAGACUAUGAAAAGCUUGUUGACAACUCAGCCAAAGAAGGACAAAAGAGCAUGAGUAGAGACAAUUCUUUGAAGAAAAUUCAUAGUCUGAGAAACAUGGUCCAGACUUUACAGCAACAAGGUCUGUCAGGGCCUGUCCUGUGGCUACAGAAUUCCCUUAACAGAACUGCUGAUGACCGCGAGGAGGAUGGUGUUUCUCAUCCUGUGGCACUGGUUCCUCUGACAGAGGAGAAUGAGGAUGCCAUGGAGAACAAGACUUUCCAAAAACUUCUACACACAGUCGGUAUCCGUGCACCCACAGACGGACAGGAAUCUUUCUGGAGAAUUUCUUCCAGUCUGAGCGUGCAUCAGCUGAGGUCAGUAGCAGCAUCUCUUGACUUGGUUGAGGAGACUGCAACUGAAGGGGACUCUGAGGGAAACAAGGAGAACAGUCUGACUGUUGAGAUGGAGGAUAAUGAUAAUCAAGAGAUGAGAGCUCAAGCACUGAGAGCUUUGCUGUUGUCACGCCAGAGGAAAUGUGCCUCUUCUAAAUCAAAGGAUUCUCCUUCAUGUGAGGGCAGUUCUGAUACUGUGGAACAAAGUGAUCAUAUAGAGGAGAAAAUAUCAAAGAAGAGAAGAAGAGUGUUGGAUGAUGAUGAUGAUCAGAGAGAUAUUUCAGAUGUGGAUCCUUUAUCCAGGAAUAACUUUGAAAGAAGCAUCGAUUCAGACCACGAGAGUCCUGCUGCCCCAGCUAAGCGCAGAUAUAAGAGAGUGUUAAGUGAUGAAGAGGAAGAUAACUAGAAGAAACGUGUUGAUACACCAGCAUUCUCACUUCAGUGUCAGUAAAACAAUAAUUGCUCUGUUAUCUCACAUUUCUAUAGGCUUUGGCUCAGUGUUCACUGUAUAAUUCUUAUACAGAGAAACCUUUUGCUCUUAUGAGGUAACUGACUGUGCUCUUUUGUAUGUUAAUAAAGUUUACUGUAUGAAACU